AUGCAGCCGGAGUCACAAGCUGAACGCUUAACCUCCAAACAUAUUAAAACUUUAAACUAUUUGCAAUUAAUCUUGAAGCAAAAAGGUGAACUAGAAAAUAAAAUUGCCGACUUAGAGGAUCAACUCGCCGAUGCUAAUGAAAAUAUCAGAUUAGCCGAUCGACGUUUCGAAGAACUAAAAAGAGAAUCAGAAGAUGGCUUAGAAGCUAAAAUCGCAGAACUUGAAUCGAAACAUCAAGCAGAGGUUGUACAACUAAUGAAGGGAAAGCUUGAGGUUGGAAAGCAAUGGCAAAAUGAAGUACAAAAUAUGCGAGACCGCGUGAAAACUUUAGAGGAGGAAAAUAAAGCUUUAUUAGCUAAAACCAAACUUGCAAAUCAGUAUGAAGAUAAAAUUAAGGAAUUGUUCAGUGAAUUGGACAGAGCAAUAAAGAAAAUUGAAGAUCUUAAAUUAGUUAAUGAAAAAGUACUGCAAGAAAAAAAUAAAAUUAGGGAAGAAUCUAAUAGCUAUUACGAAAAAGUGAAAAGUACAAAACAAUCUUUAAAAAUGUCGACCCAGAGGAUCGAAGAAUUGGAACGACAAAUUAAAAUGAAGGAAGAAAUUAUUAAAGAAGAAACAGCUCAAGUUAACAUACUAAGUGAAAAAAUCCUAUUUACUGGUCGAGAAAAUCAAAAACUAAUUUCCUCUAAUAAAGAAUUACAAAAAAAGGUUAAAAAGCGUAUACAUCAAAUGGAAGAAUUGGAAAAUUCAACUGUAUCACUACGUGAAGAAAGGAGUGUAUUAGCUGAUCAAGUUUCUAAUUUAUCAGUAGAUUUGGAAAGAAUGAAUAAUUUAUAUGCCAAAGCGGUAAAUCCAAGUAUGGGCGGGCAUUUCAAGGAGUUUGUUAAAUUACGCCGUGACUUUAACAACUUAAGAGAAGAGAAUGAAACUUUACAUUGUAAAUUGCGUGUUAAAAUGUCGAAUUAUUUACCUUUAUUAAAAGCUAGCGUUACCUUCAAAUCAUCUACUAGCAACAAGCUUCACAACAAUAGCGAUGUGACAAGUAGCCGAUGGGUUUCGUCCAAUUUAUUAAAGUAG